GAAUAGUAUUUUCACCAAAGUUUUUGACAUUUCUUAUAUUGUGUUUUUUAAAAAAUUAACAGCUGAGGACUUUUGUUUACACAUUCAUUGUAUUGCAAAAAAUAUUAUUACAUUAUAAAUAAAAGAAAUAAAUUAUAAACUUAUGAAUUAUGUCUACGGUGAGUGCCGAUUAUGAAGAUCAACAAACCGAUAUAAGUUUAGGUGUUCGAAAAAAAGUCAGCAUUGUAUGGCGAUAUUUCGAAAAGUUAGAUAGGUUACGAGUGCGCUGCAGACUAUGUCGCCACCAGCAAAACUAUCAAGGGACAACGGGAAAUAUUUUGCGGCAUUUGAAAAAUAAACAUAAUAUUGACGCAACUUUAAAAGGGCAACAAGCUAAUCCUAAUAUCGUUAGUAAAUUCGUAAAAGAAAUUGAAGACAAGUCAAACGGCAGAACGGCGGACGAGGAUUUCAGCGAAAAUGAUUUUCUUAAAAUAGAACCCACAGAUGUAAGCUCCUCAAGUCGAAGAGUAGGUGAUAUAAAAAGUAAAGAAACACUUGGUGAAGAACUCUUGGAUCCGUAUACGGACAAUGCUUUUAUAAUUAUGUUGAGGAUCCAUCGGGUAAGAGCAAUGUUUUAAAGAUAGACGGAAACCAAAAAUUAUCCGCUGAGGAAGAGCGAAUAAUGGCAGAAAUAGAUUAUUUUCGUGAAAAGGCUGGAUACUACAGGAUGCAAAAGAAUCUCGUAGCGUUACAAGCAAAAAAGAUAAAACAUGAACUUAAAAAUUUAUAACGAUUUUGGAUCGUUGACAUAUUUGGAAGUAAUCCACUAUUGACUAACAUAUUUUAGUUUUUUUUUUUCAAUAUAAUAUAAUGAACUAGAAUAAGUUUGAUCGUAGGAUUAUGGAUUUUGUUUCUGCUUUUGUAUUCAUGCCUCAAUAUAUUUUUAUAUAAAAGAAAUGAUCUAUUAUCUAUACGCUUAAACAAAUAGCCUUAAAAGUAAUUAAACCUUGGCUUUCGACAGUUCAUAGAUUUCUGAAAUUUAUUUGCCUUAAUCUAUUUUUUCGAAACAGUAUGUACUAAUAAAAAGUGAAAAUAUAUUGCAUA